AUGGCACACUAUCAGUCGUCUAAGUUGCUUCUCUCUACACGGUCAAGUCAAGCCUCUCCAGCACCGCUGAUGAAGCAGCGCAAGUCUCCGAUUUGUGAAUCGUGCCAUCGAAGCAUCUAUCCAACGAUGAAGUGUCUUUUAUUUCUUCUCUUCUGCCUUGUUUUAGUGUGCGGAGAGGUAAGGAGUCAUUCGUGCAGCGGGAAAUUAGAAACAGGACAUUGCAGAGCUCUUAUACCAAGAUGGGGAUUUGACGAACAGACAGGCACCUGCAAAGAAUUCAACUACGGUGGUUGUGGAGGAAACUCAAACAACUUCGAAAGUGAAGAGCUCUGUAGGAAAACCUGCAAAGCCGGGCAACAGACAAAGUUAAACCGCAAACAUAAACUGUAG